UGUUAUAAGCUAUACAUUCGUCCUAAUUUAAUUGUUCAUUAAUUUUAGGAACAAUGAAAAUAAUUUGGAUCCUAGGAAAUGACACUAUAUCAUUGGCUCAAAGACGAUCAACUGUCAGAAAGUCAUCGAAUAAUCUAGGAUUUCCAGAGAACUAUUCUUUAUUUUGGAGAUCGUAAAGAUAAUCAAGAGCAGAUGGCAAAGCUGCAGAGACCAAUUUAGGCGUGAGCUGAACGAGAAAUCAAGAAGUGGUGAUGCACCUCUAUCCAAAAAGCCAUACCUUUAUACUCAGCAGCUCCAAUUCCUAAAAGUUAUUAUGGAUAUGCGUCCGACUGUUGACAAUCUGAUGGAUGAGGAAGAGGCACAACCCGGGGCUUCUGACAAUCCUGAAAUACCUAUUGAAACAUCGAUGUCACAGCCUCAAACUUCAAACAACGAAGAAGCAGGACCAUCUACGCAGGUGGAAGUUUCUACAUCACCGCAUGUAAACCCACGCAGUGCUAGACCAAAGAAGAGCCAAAGUCAGCCUGCUCCUGUGUCAAUUACACGGGAAAUAAUAGAUGCUCAGGUCCUGGAGUACUUGAAUAAAACCAGAGAUGAAACUCCAGAAGACGGCAUGAUGAAGAGCCUUGGAAAUUAUUUAACCCGGGUUCCACGAGAACGUCAACCCCAUUGUAUGUGUUCAAUGAACUUAUUGUUGGAGUUAUACAUGGGUGAAAAUGACCCCUCAGAAGUGCACGAAUAUCUGGAGCAGGCACGGUCUAGGCUUAUCCAGAAAACAAAUUUGAGCCAAGCAACCUCCAUGUCUUCUAACUAUCCUCCUCCAACUAAUUAUCAAUAUCAAAAUCCACCUCCAACUCGACAUGGGCAAGAAUAUUUUGCUCAUGAUCCGAGGCCUAAUUAUUCUGCCCAACGGCCACAUCAACAUGAGCAAGUUGCUGUUCGCCCAUAA